UCCUGGCGCUCAAUUAAUUUACAAAGCGUCAACUAAAACUGGUGAUUAUCAUGGCCAAAUGAAUUAUGAAAAUUUUGAGAAAUGGGUGUUGGAAAAACUCAUUCCAAAUUUGCGCCCAAAAAGUGUCGUGUGCAUGGACAAUGCUCCAUAUCACACAAAAGUUGCAAAUCCGACACCUACCAAAUACAGUACGAAGAAAGAAAUGACCGAUUGGCUGAUUAAUAACGGAAUAGAAUGCGAUAUGAAAAUGAGGAAAGCGGAACUGUAUUCGCUAAUUGAUAGGAAUCGCCCUAAAGAAAUCAUAUAUAAAAUUGACAGCAUAAUAAAAGAAAAUGGGCAUUAUGUCUUGCGACUUCCCCCCUACCAUUGCGAUUUAAAUGCGAUUGAAUACGUUUGGUCUUCAGUCAAAAGACUCAUCAAAGAGAGAAAUAUAACAGGAGACUUAAGUUUAGAAAACUUACAGAAUCUGUUGUGCGAUGCUUUGGGCGGAGUGUCUUCCAAGGAAUGGGAGGCUCAUUGCCGUCAUGUGGAAAAACUUGAAAAUUCUUAUUGGGAAAAAGAUGGAAUUUUAGAGGAAGUAGUAGACGAACUGGUAGUUCAAAUUGGAAGUACUGAAUCGGAUUCCGAUUCAGAAGAAACGGAAUCAUGUGACAGUGAUUCAGAAUUUUUUUAAGAAACUACACAACUGUCACUCGAUCUCUGCUAG